GGUCAGGCGCGUUCAUCGUAAAGCUGCUGUGAGGAGUGAGGGAGGUUGACGUUAAUCAGCCGGAUGCAGGUUUGGGGGUUUGUUUUAGUUACUAUAGCAACAGUUUGUCUUCUGGUUACUGAUAAAAUACCGCAUACGGUUUCAUCACUUGGAUUCAUUAAAACUAGCAAUAAACCGUAUCUACGCAUUAAAACAAACUUCACACCCUCUGUACACGCGACACGACAAAACUAUAACGUGAAUAAAUCACCGAAGAGUGCAAUAUGACACGGGGCAGCUGCGUAGACGGGGAGCGUUGUAGUUAGUUUUAUCGCGUCGCUCAGUGUGUACAGUGUCUACAGGGCACUGGAGGUCACUUCCUGAUUUACUGACUGUCGGCAAUACGUCCUAACACUUUCAAAACGCUCUGCCUCGAUUUAAAUGACAACGGUUUGCGUGCCUGAAAAGCGACGUUACCUACCCAGGUGGAAGUAGCGAUAGUUUUUGACUUUAUUUGAUGCAGACCAGCACUUCAGUCAGUCGUAGCGCAGGUGGAUUCAUCGACUCGUAUGUUUUCCUGGCACAUUUAUAUCGGUGAGGAUGUUUUAAAAUGGCGGUGGCAGCGUCACAACAGGGUCUGGAGUAAAGGUGAGGAGGUGAUGGACGCACGCACAUCCUUCCACCUGCAGCAGGAACAUGGCAGAAGCAGAGCACACGUCCUGUGAAAGCAACACAAACGGUCAAAGCAUUGAUGAUUUCCAGGUCUCAUCGUUCAGCAACUCUUCACACAACCAGUGUUUGCCUCUCACCCAAAACCAUGUCAAGCAUCACAUGCCUUCAGACUCUCAGCUGCCACAUGUCUCCCUCAGCUACAAAUCAUUCACUCCCUUUAAUGGCACAUGUGACGAGGAUCGCAGCAGCUUGGCCUCUCAGGACUCUGGAAUCCCCACCCUUGAGAUUAACCCCCCUGAGCACAUUCAUGCUCGAGUCACCACUGCUGAGCUGGUGGUUCCACCUCCACAUGAUGAUAAUCCGGCAACACUAAACUUGGAUGUUUCAGAUAACUCCAUGCUCAAGUCUUCCACCUUCCCACGUUGUGACUUUGAUUUAGUACGUCUUUAUGGUGCAAGUGGGCUCUCCAGUGCGGCAGGCAAGGGUACUUUGAACCGCAGUGAUGAAAUUUCAGUGUGUAGUGUUUCCAGUUUAAGUACCGAGUUUUCUGCCACAUUGUCAGUCAGUAAUGAGGACUUCCUAGACUUCAUGGUUACAUCCGAGUCCAGCGCCGUUGUUACAUUUGAGAAUGAAGAUGUCUUGCAUCGUUGUGACAAUUCACUCUCAUCUCCUACGGACCUACACGGCAAGCUGAGCAGCCCACAACGGCAACCUGUGGGGGUCUCUACACCACAUGAGGCUAGACCCAAGAGACUGGGUCCACUCGCCAGCUUCUUCCACAAGAGUGUUUUUGCUAAGAGAAUGAAGGAAGCGGGUGUACUGGAAGAACAGAGAGAGCCUGGCUGGAAGCUGUUUGGUAAAGUUCCACAUAAAGAACUUUCAACCAAAGACUCCAGGAAAAUACAAAAGGAAUAUGAAAGAAGGAGUGGGCAAUCAAGCAGUUCCAUAUCUCCCAAGAAAAAUGUAAAAAGGAACCUGGACUUUGAGCCACUUUCAACCACAGCCCUUAUACUGGAGAACCGCCCAGCGAAUCUUCCUGCAAAGCCUGAGGAAGAAGCCCAGAAACACAGACAAGAAUAUGAGGAGAUGGUGGCUCAGGCCAAGAAGAGAGAGCUGAAAGAGGCCCAGAAACGGAAAAAACAACUAGAGGACAGGUGUAAACAUGAGGAAAGCAUUGGCAAUGCUGCUCUCACCUGGAGUCAGGAGAUAUUACCCAACUGGCAAAGCAUGUGUUCAUCCAAGCGGGUGAGGGAUUUAUGGUGGCAGGGUCUGCCACCCAGUGUGAGGGGCAAAGUCUGGAGUUUAGCGAUAGGCAAUGAACUGAACAUCACAGAUGAGCUGUAUAAUAUCUGUUUGGCAAGAGCCAAAGAAAAGUGGAAUGCCUUUGUAGCCCCAACGGCUGCUACAGAAACAGAGACUGAAGACACAGGCUUGUCUCAUGCUGAUCGAGAGGCCAGUCUAGAACUGAUCAAAUUAGACAUUUCCAGAACCUUUCCCAGUCUCUGUAUUUUUCAACAGGGAGGCCCAUACCAUGAUGUAUUACACAGCAUUCUGGGAGCUUACACUUGCUAUCGUCCCGAUGUAGGAUAUGUGCAGGGAAUGUCCUUUAUAGCAGCAGUGUUGAUCCUCAACAUGAACACUGCUGAUGCCUUCAUUGCAUUUGCCAAUUUGUUGAACAAGCCUUGUCAAAUGGCUUUCUACAGAGUGGACCACAGCCUUAUGUUGACAUACUUUGCAACAUUUGAAGUGUUCUUUGAAGAAAAUCUACCGAAGCUCUUUGCACAUUUUAAAAAUAACAGCCUGUCCUCUGAUAUUUAUUUAAUUGACUGGAUCUUCACCUUGUACAGUAAAUCACUCCCACUGGACAUUGCGUGCCGUGUGUGGGACGUGUUCUGUCGAGAUGGCGAGGAAUUUCUCUUCCGCACAGCACUGGGGAUUCUGCGUCUUUACGAGGACAUCCUCACACACAUGGACUUCAUCCACAUCGCUCAGUUCCUGACGCGCUUGCCGGACUACAUCUCUGCUGAAGAGAUCUUCUCCAGCAUAACCACCAUCAACAUGAACAGCAAGAACAAGAAAUGGGCACAAGUCCUUCAGGCUUUGCAGAAAGGUCAAGACCGGGGCAGUCCACUACUGAAACACUAAGGAUGCAUCCUCAUGUCUUCUCUUCCACCUCAUAGAGACUAAGAGAGAAACUCAUGUUGACUGUGCAUGGGUACUCCUGCAUACCUCUGGUACCACAUCCGAAAAUAUCCGUUCCAGUGGCCAUCAUACGUGUCCAGUUCCAUACAAACUGACCUCACAGGGCUGGAACGGAGGCAACACAUCACAACUCCCAAUUGGGUGUGGCAAUGUGAGUUUGUGAAGAUCUAAAUGAUUUAAUGUCUCUGUCCUUUCAUUACUUUCCCCUUCACCCUUUCUCUUCUGCUUUAUCCUUCUGCCUCCCUCAGCUUAAACAAGGCAUUCCCAUUUAAGCGAAAUAAAAUAAUAUAUGUUUUGCUGUGGUUUUCUGAGGUUGUUUUUAUUUGUUGUUUGUUUCUAAUAUUUAGUUCUUAACGCUUGUGAAAGCAUAUUGACUUGAAAUGAGAUUCUUUUUCUUGGUGGCCUCUUGAGUAUCCUUCAAAAUCCUGGAAUCUCAAAGGUAGUGGUGUUUUAAAACACUGGAAGUGCACAAAUCAUGACGAGAUUAUUUAGUUUGCUAGGAUGCAAUGUCAGUGAAUCCCACCAUUGUUUCUAAGACUUUUGUACACUUUUUAAUCUAAGUUUCUUUUCAAUAACUAUUGUUUAUUCUACCUCUUACUCUCUGUAAUCUGUCUGUAAUCUGUGUUUCUGUUCUCUGUAUUACAAAUGUCUUUAUUCAGAGAUUUGAGUGAAUACUGUUUGUGGAAUUGCUACUGGAUUCUCUUUGUUUUCCUCUUUUUUUUAUUUUUUUUAUUGGAAGUGUUGUGCCAGUCUAAAACCAAACAUGCUGGAAUACUAGCGUUUCUGAAGUUACAAAGUUUGGUUUGAGUUCAUGACUACAGAACAGGAUUUUAGCAUAAUGAAUGUGGCUUUAACAUUGUGGUGCAGCUUGGAUCUCAUGGUGGUUGAAGUGUUGAAAAGAAGGUAGAUGAAAGAUUUAGUAUGUGUUCAUAGAUGGGUGGUGGUUUUCUGUCAUACGGCUCAUCUCAGCAUUAUGCUUGACAUAAUGUCUUCGUUAGAUCUUGCAGUAAAUUAUUCUUGACAUUCAACACUUAAAAUCAGACAAAAUCUUAAUUAUUCAAAAUCUAUGAAAUACCAUGUUAGAAUGCUUCAUAGUCUUUACUUGUUUCAUGUAAACAUGCAUUUAACUGGCCUAAUUUAUGGAACCAGUGUAACAGCGAUUACGGUUUUUUUUUUAGUUUAGAGAAGUGAAAGUCAUUUUGGUAAAUAUAUUUCACUGCGAAGUAUUGACCGUAUCAUGUUAAACAUCCAGAUGCUUAUUUAUUAUCUUGAUGAGAAUGCAUGGUAAAGUGAAUGGAUUAUUAUUUUUGUGAGG